AUGCGCUAUGCCGCCUUUGCCAGCUCCAUCGCCGUCAGCAGUACGAAUCGGGAUAUCGCCGUCACCAAUCAACGCGACGUCGGGUCGGAAAAGGACGCGGAAACCGCAGAAAACAACAAAAAACAGCAAUCGCUCGGCUUCACCAGCAAGCGAAGGACCAUCGCCUGCUCGAUCUCCAAGUCCGCACAAGCAGACUUUUUAUCAUGCAUUUCAUGCACAAGGGCCCUGUUUUCAAACGGGAGUAGCCAUGAAGAAGUCACGCCGCCGCCAACUCGCUCUGAUCCUCCAAAGCCCGACAAUAUUUUGGCUGAAGAUGUGCAUUACUAUGUUGUUGGCGAGAACAUGAGCAUGACCACUACAUGCCAGGGCAUUGACAGCGCUUCUGAAGCCAAGCCUGACAAUAGCAUGAAGAGGGAUAAGUGUACAAGUAACCAGGAUGCCAAAGAAUGUGCUGAAGACAAGGUGGACAAGACAACAAUACAUGAUGCCCAAGUAAGCAAGGACGUCCGAAGCUUUGUGACGUCCUUAGUGGAGCGGGUGGUGAAGAAGAUGGCUUCAGAUGUGACUGCUUCCACUGCCCCUGCAGUGGCGGAUGGCUCUUCCGGCAACUCUACAGGCAAGGUACCGGUGAAUGGUGUUGCAAAGGUUAAAGUGGGUGCUAAAAGCUUGGCAUCCAAUUCUGCCGUGGACGUUCAAAAGAGACGAAGUUCAGAGAGCAAGGACUCUGGAAGGAAGCAAAGUGCUAGCGUCCAUGUCGAAUCACAACUAUUCGGAAGCCACAGGGAGUGCGAAGAUAUCCAGACAUCCUUGCACAGAAUGGCGGGUCACUUGGAACUAUUGAAAUCUUCGCGAGUGAUUAACCCACGCGAAGCCCAACUGAAACCUCGUUCUCCUGAAACACCGACACCUGCGUCCGAGCUUGCUCUGGCGACGUGUGAAUCCAAGCAAGGUGAUUUCCAUGAUGAGCAGAGUUACCUGACUGCGUUGCGGACCAAGUAUGGUCCUGGUGUGAGCGGAUGUGCCGAACAAGUGAUUACUUUGGUGGAUUAUUACCGUGACUUCGAGCGCCGCACGGACCUUAGCGAGAUAUGGAAAGCACGCAUAACGAAACUUGAGAAGAUCGAGAGCUCUCUGUCUGAGUAUGUUCAACACUUGAACAUCCCUGCUGGUCUUCGACAAGAUUUCAUCAAGGUGCACAUUUUUCACAUUUCACUUGAUGUUGCUAAUUGUUCUCUAACGCCGUUAUCGUGUGCAAUCUUGUUACAGGACCUCAUUGCUUAUCUGCGCGAGUCGUGGACAAUUAGAGACCGACGGUGCCUCUUGGAAAGUCAGGGAGGAAAGGUAUUUCCGAGCCUCUCCCCCACUUAA